AGCUCAAGAGGGCCGCGCUGCGCGGGGCUUUGGGCCGCGCGCGCGGCCGCGCGCGGGGCCUUUGCGGCAUUUGCGUGUCGUGGAGGUCAUGGUGAACAUGCAGAUGUUCUGUAGCAGCCCGGAUCUCACCACCCCGCAUGGGGGAGCUCCAUUCCAGGGCUGGCGGAAAGGCUUUGGAUUUGGCCACAGUAAAGGUCCAGGAGGAUACAUGCAUGAUCCUUCGAUGGUGAUCCAGCUGCGCUGCAGCCCCAAGGAGGACCGCUGCCUCGCCAGUAGCGCCUUCUGGCGACGCAAAUGGGAGCUGGGCCAAGCGAAUUCCUUCGGCAUUGGCGAGCGUCCCAACUAUGGACGGCCUGAAGAUGCGGAUGUUGGGCCCAACACCUACGGCGACUACUCCUCACAGGUCGCCAAGGUGAAGAGGAAUUACAUCCGGCCGGGCAUCAAGAUGAAGCCCCGCUUCGAGACCAUGGAGGAGAAGCAGCGGGAUCCUCGAAGCGGACAUGGUGGGCCUGGGCCGGCGAAGUACAACUGCAGCAUUCCCACAGGCAAGUCUUCAUGGUGCUACCCUUCAAGGAGUCCAAACUGGUCGCUGGGAGCGCGGACCAUCCUCCAGCAGGACAGAGAGUUGGGAGCGCUCAGACGCCUACAAUUGCAUUACUCAACCUGGCAGAAAUUCGCCGAUUUUGCGAGGCACCCUCUACGACAUCACCUUGAAGACUCGUACGAAGGUGCAUCAGGUGGGCGCUUCAAGCCCGGGUCCCGCGCGCUACAACGUGCCCACGGAGCUCUCCAAGUAUGGAUUGGAUCAGAAGAUCGCCAAUGUCAAGGCUAGGAGCACUGUCUUCGAUCCAGAGGUAUCACAAGGAGAACCAUCUGCAGCUGCAGAGGAGAGCAGGCUGCCACGCAUCGACAGCUCCCCGCUGUGAGACGGAUCGACAGCACCGGCCACCGGCCACGAGAACGGUUCCAUUCCCAAAAGGGUUUUAAAGGCCCAAGUUCCCUCCCCUUUCUAAAUCUUUCUAAGUGUUUGGAUUUGGUUGGUCAAUCUUGGUCAGACGAGCGCUCACUACUCACUACUCGUAGCCGACGGGGCUGACGGGCCGAUGGGCCACCGAAACCCCAAAAGGGGGAUACUGGUGGCGACCAGUCAGACACAUCCAGCCCAGCUGCGAAGCCCCA